UGGGAGGGAGAGCAGGGCUGAAGAUGGAUCACUGUUAAUGAAGACACACGAGGCGACCUGAGAGCCGUAGUGCCGAGAUCCAGGGGCUGCCUGCCUGUGUCUGGGAUUCUGCCUUUGGAAUAGCUGUUCACUGGGCUGCCAGGUUCAGUUGAGCUCAGCUCGGCCGUGUGAAAUAUGGGCGACGACAGGCCGUUCGUGUGCGGUGCCCCGGGCUGUGGACAGAGGUUCACAAACGAGGACCACCUGGCGGUUCAUAAACACAAGCAUGAGAUGACAUUGAAAUUCGGCCCCGCUCGCACCGACUCCGUCAUCAUCGCAGAUCAGACUCCGACCCCAACUCGGUUCCUGAAGAACUGUGAGGAGGUGGGACUCUUCAAUGAGCUGGCGAGUUCCUUCGAGCACGAGUUCAAGAAAGCUGCUGAGGAUGAUGAGAAAAAGAGCGCCGGAGCCCUGGACAUGUCCCUGCCCUCCACCCCCGAGAUCAAGAUCAAGGAGGAGGAGCCGGUGGAGGUGGACUCGUCCCCCCCAGACAGCCCCGUGUCCCACCCACGGUCACCCCAGCACAAGGAGAAGGAGAUCCCCUCCAAGCCUGUCAUCCUCUCCACGCCCACUCCCACCAUCGUGCGCCCCGGCUCGCUGCCCCUGCACCUGGGCUACGACCCCCUGCACCCCACAUUGCCAUCCCCCACCUCCGUCAUCACCCAGGCCCCCCCCUCCAACAGACAACUGGGGUCUCCCACAGGUUCCCUCCCACUCGUCGUGCAGCUUGCGAACGGCCAGACCGUGCCCGUGCUCCCCGGCCCCCCCGUCCAGAUGCCUUCUGUCAUAUCGCUGGCUCGGCCGAUGUCCAUGGUGCCGAACAUUCCCGGUAUUCCUGGGCCUCCCAUCAACAGCAGUGGGUCCAUUUCCCCGUCAGGACUCCCAGUGCACUCUGAAGCCAAAAUGAGGCUGAAGGCCAGCCUGACGGCCUCCUCCUCGCUGAACGGCAGCAACCUGGUGGUGGGCUCAGCCAGCACGAUGGUGACGGCGCGUCCGGAGCAGAGCCAGAUCCUUGUCCAGCACCCCGACGCCCCUUCCCCGGCUCAGCCACAGGUGUCUCCUGCCCAGCCCACCCCCAGCACGGGCGGGCGCCGCAAGCGCACGGUGGACGAGGAUCCGGACGAGCGCCGGCAGCGGUUCCUGGAGCGGAACCGGGCGGCCGCCUCCCGCUGCCGGCAGAAACGCAAGCUCUGGGUGUCCUCCCUGGAGAAGAAAGCCGAGGAACUCACCACCCAGAACAUCCAGCUGAGCAAUGAAGUGACGCUGCUGAGGAACGAGGUGGCUCAGCUGAAGCAGCUGCUGCUGGCCCACAAGGACUGUCCUGUCACGGCGCUGCAGAAGAAGACACAGGGCUACCUGGAGAGCCCGAAGGAGAGCUCGGAGCCCACGGGCUCCCCCGCGCCCGUCAUCCAGCACAGCUCCGCGUCGGCCGCCCCGAACGGGCUCAGCGUGCGCUCGGCGGCCGAGGCCGUGGCCACCUCGGUGCUGACGCAGAUGGCCGGGCAAAGGACAGAGCUGGGCCUGCCCUCCCACGUCAUCAUGGCCCCACAGUCCCAGUCUGCCGGCAGAUGAUGGCCCGGAGCUGAGCACAGACUGACCACGGCCCUGGUCCUGCCCAGGGUGGGCCCAUGAGGAUUUUCGUUUCUUUUUUUGGGGGUUUUUUGUUUUGUUGGUUUUUUUUUUUUUUGAGUUAAGGGCAGCUCUGGCGCUUUCCCACUGCACAGCCUGUACAGUGCCCUCAGUCCCUCAACUGGCACUCAGCAGAGGCCCCCCAGCUCCCAGAGCCCCCUCUGAGGAGCCCCUGGAAAGGUGGGCUGGCAGGGAUCCGUCACGGUAACACUAAACCUCCGUGCCUGGGGAUCCCCUCGGCACAGUCCCUGCUCCAAGCCCCCUCUCCCUGCCCCCUGCCCUCAGCAGAGGGGCUCAGGGGGGCUCUGACACUCAGUGCUGCUCCCAGGCGUCUGCUCGUCCCUGCUCCCGCUCCCUGAAACGUUGCACCUUGGCGCAGGAGCCUCCUGGAGCUCUGAGCUUGUGGGGAUUGAGGUCGACCUCCUCACUCCCGAAUUCCAGUGGUGGAUCUUGGACAUGACGGGAGUGUGACCACUGUAAAAUUGGCUGGAGAAGGGGACACGUGUUCCUGGUCACCGGUGCCGUGCCGGGAGCUGCGGGUGCUCAGGUGCUGCUCCCACACCGGGUGCUGGGAAAGGUACGGCCUGUCCAGGCAACCACGGGGCCACUCCCAUCUUCCCAAUGGCAAACCAGUGCUGGUGGGCAUCCACAGGGACCGGGCACUCUGGGAUUCAGGGAAGGACCCAGCAGGCAGCGACGUGUGAGUCCCCAAAUCCGGCAUCCCGCACACCUGAGCGAACCCAUCCCUCCGUUCCCAGGGAUCAUCUCCCACACACGUGACCUCGAUGACCUCAAUAAUGGUGGCCUUAAAUUGUGGAUUAGUUGCCUGUUCCGAGGGGAGGGAGCACGGGAUGGUGUCUCUGCCCGGUCUUUUGUCUCUUCCUCACGAUGAUGUUCUGCUCGUGGUGACGGAGCAUCUGUUGCUUCCCAGCCAGAGCAAACAAAGGAUUCAUGGAGCUUCCAGUUCAUAGGGCAGGUUAAGAACCCACCCUCCAUGUUGGGAGACUCUUGGAAUUGGGUCUGUUUUCCUGCCAGGUGGGCCUUGGGCACGUGUGUGUCCGUGUGUGUCCUUCUGUGCUUCCCGAGGUGCCGAUUGGAGCCGGUAUUUUGGAAAUGGGAAGGGGUUUCACAUGUGUUCAGGCUCUUGGAAGGAAUCUUGUCAUGGUCCAUGGAGCUGCAUCAGCCCUUGGUCUUCCUCCCCCUCCCAGGUUCCUCCUCAGCCAAGCCCUCCUCCCCCUCAGGUCGCACUUCGCCACUUUGGAGCCAAGUUGGUUUGUCCAAGUGAUUUUUGUUUGGCUUCCCCAGACUUGGAAGGUUUCCAGGGACAGCAAAACCCAAAGCAAAGGCUGAGCAGGAAACUUGGGAUCUCAUCACGGACAGGGGAGUCCAGUGGUCUCCCUGUCUUCUCCCCCUCCCUCUUUCCCAGGUCUUCCUCACCUCUGCGGCCGCACCGGCCACUUGUGGCCUGGGUUUGGUUUGUGUUGCUGCUCCUGCACUCCCCCUCUGUUCUCGUGCUCAUCCCAACUCCUGUCUGUGAUUGGGGUCACAUCCAGCCUCUGAUUUGGAUCCCACACAGUGCCCCAGACCCGCCUUUCCCUCCUGUAAAGCUGUUCCUGCACAGUCCCUGGGUUCACAGAUGUUUCCAGCAUUCCCAGUCCCAACCCAGGACGUGACCAGGCCGUAGUGGAUCCAGGGUUGGACUUGAUGGUCUCAGAGGUCUCUUCCAACCCAGCUGAUUCUAUGAUUCUAUGAUUCUAAGGGUUUUGGGCUGAGUGAGGCACAGCAGGGGGUCAGGCCUGUUUUGGGGGGAUCAGGAUCUAAGGCCAAGGGUUUGCAGCAGGUGCAGGUCUCAUCCCAUGGCGUGGAGGGAGUGGUGGUGUCUGGCAGCUCCUCCUGGGCCAUCCCAGCACUCAGCUCUGCAGGAAAACCUGUCUCUCCAGGAAAAGUCUCAGGGGAAGAAAGGAAGGAAUUGAGCUCUGGGCUGGUCCCACCGCUGGUUCCCUGUUUGCUGCGGGGUCUGGGGGGAAGGAGAGACGAAGGCCAGUGGGGGCUUUGCUGGCAGGAUCAGGAGUGAGCAAAGGGUGGAGAGGUGGAAAAUCUGGGACAGUGUUUGGAUCAAAGGCAGCAGCUUCCCCAGCUCUUUGUUUUACCCUCGGAGAGUAAAAGUGGCUGGAUUCCGUGUGAUGGGAGAGCCAAGCCUGCAGCCCACAAAGGGCUUUUCCUGCCUCACCACUCCAGGGAAUCCUUGUGGCCCCACUGGGAUGGGGGUGCAGGAGCAGCUUUUCUCCCUCUCCCUCCAUGCCCCGAUGCCGUCGGUGCCGCCCCAUUCCCACAUCUCCCAUUGCCAGCGCUUUAGUGCCUUGAAAAUUCUGCAAAUCCAGGAAAAGGCGGUUGGAAAGCUCCAAACCUGGGCAGGGACAAGCAGGGAACAAGCAUUUGGCCAUACUUGGACUUAUUAUUGCUUCAGUCACAGGGUUGGAGCUCCCUGUCCCCAUUUCAGGUGUGUUUUACCUCAAAGGCUGCCCUGGAAGCAGAUCCCAGAGCGGGCUCAGGUCCCGUUUCUCGUGCUGGGAUGGAGUUGGAUGGUGCAAAGCAGGAAUCCACAGGGAUCCAGCCUCAGGAGGAUCCUCUGCUCCCAUCCAGGUGAUGGGUGAUGUCCCAGGAGUCACUUUGGGGCAUAGGGGUGAUGCUCGUCCCUCGCU